GCUACUUAAAAAAAAAAGUUUUGUUUUGUUUUUUCAAAUAUCUUGUCAGGUUUCAGCCGAGACAAACAGUAAAUAUUCCUGGCAGUACUGAACAACCUGUUGGACUCAAGAGGUGUCCCCAAAGAAUGUGCAAAAGAUCCUACCCUCCCAAGAUCCAGAGCCACAUCCAAAGGUAGCCAAAGAAAGACUUAGUUCCCCUGAGCGCUGGCAACGGUCAGUAGGACACUAGCUGCAAGUGGCGUGCCAUCCACACUUCCGUCCGGCCGUAUUUUGAGGGCCCUCAGCCUGAUGGUGCCCAGGCCAAGUUCUCAAGACCCAAAAUGAGACAAACAAGAAGGCAAUAGCUGUCCCUGGGAGAGAAAGGAUCCACAACCAGUGCAUCUUGGAAAGGAAGGAACAGCGUGAGAUCUUCCUUUCCCCUCUCAACUGGGCACUACAGACAGAGAUGCAGGAGAGCUGACUCUGAUCCCCAGCUCAAGGGUAUAGUGACCAGGUUAUAUUGCAGGCAAGGCUACUACUUGCAAAUGCACCCCGAUGGAGCUCUCGAUGGAACCAAGGAUGACAGCACUAAUUCUACACUGUUCAACCUCAUACCAGUGGGGCUGCGUGUCGUGGCCAUCCAGGGAGUGAAAACAGGGUUGUAUAUAGCCAUGAAUGGAGAAGGUUACCUCUACCCAUCAGAACUUUUUACCCCUGAAUGCAAGUUUAAAGAAUCUGUUUUUGAAAACUAUUAUGUAAUCUACUCAUCGAUGCUGUACAGACAACAGGAAUCUGGGAGAGCCUGGUUUUUGGGAUUGAACAAGGAAGGACAAGUUAUGAAAGGAAACAGAGUAAAGAAAACCAAGGCAGCAGCUCAUUUUCUACCCAAGCCAUUGGAAGUUGCCAUGUACCGAGAACCAUCUUUGCAUGACGUCGGAGAAACGGUCCCAAAAGCCGGGGUGACGCCGAGUAAAAGCACAAGCGCGUCUGCAAUCAUGAAUGGAGGCAAACCAGUCAACAAAAGUAAGACGACAUAGCCACAUCCUCACAGGUGUUGUGACUGACUCUCCCUGAGCACCGUUGAGUGAUUUAUCCUGGCCACACCCUCCUGUUCCGGGGCCCAGGAGCAGCCGGCAGUAAGCAGACGCUUGCUCCCCACUGGCUCGAACUUCUUGGUUGCAAGUGGAUAAAUCUCAACGUGUUGUGCCCUCACAACAGGAAGACACCUGGAUAACCAGCUCAACUCAGACCAUGGAAUGCCCUACCAGAUACGGAAUGCCUUUUUAAUAUCUUUUCUGUGACUGUGACACUUCACGUGAAUGACCUACUUCACAAGUCCACUCGAUACCUUGCCUGCUGACAGCUACCCAUAUUCCUUUUUGAGUCCCGUUUCGGCGAAUUCCAUGUGUUUAAGUUCGAUUUUGUAGCACACAGAUACUCUUGAGUAAUUUCUAGUUAGAUGCUGUAAACCUGUGCUGUUAUGGAGUUCUCUUCUUCCCGUUUUUACAGGGCUGCUGGCUCCACUGUCUGUGACCUUUUGCAGGGAUUGUGUUCCUCUCAAUCUUAACUGUCGCGGUUGGCUUAGUUGGGAGAGCGAUCAGGGAAACAGAAAGCCUUCUAAACCUAUUAUGACACAUUGCAUCUAUAAAGAUUAAGAGUUUUGUCUCUGGCUCACACUACUGAUGAAACACACAUAUACGCUCUGUCCAGUAGCAGAUACUGUGCUCCCGAGGCCACGUGGCCGGGCUGAGAAACGGGGUCAAACACAGUCAUGAGAAGCGCUCUAUGAUCUGGGUUUGACAUCCCCCUUAGUUUCUUUGUGUGUGUGUGUGUUUUAUACAUAUCACAAGCUUACUGGUAAUGGUAACAUUUGCCUUGCCCAGCGAGCAAGACCCACUGGUUUUUGAGAAAGUGGGUCCAAAGAACUCUGUAGGCCUUGUAGGCCUGAUUAAGGUUCAUUUUCAUCUAUGAAUCCUCAUUAUUUGGAAAAAAGGAAAAAAAAUCAAUAAUUACAACCUAUAAGAAUUGCGCUACCUAAAUCCAUUUCAGAUAGAAUCCUUCCUGUUUUUAAUGAACCAAACUUAAUGCCAUCCCCAGUUUGGGCUGCAUUCCACUCAUACUCAGCAGAGCAUGGGCAAGGCGGCUGUUGUGUUCUUUUCUGCAGCAGCAAUGCAAACGUUAGUUAUAAAUUAGACUUUAAUAUUUUUGGUGUUUAACAAGUUUUUAAACUGGACAUAUUAGGAAAAAAAUAUUUUUUUUAGCUCAGCAUGCUGAGUCAGGUACUGUGUAAUUCACCAGUCCAUACCUCUGACUCAGCUUCUUGGGCCCCUGUGGCCCAAUGGCUGAGUUAGAGGUGCCUUGCCAUGAUCUCAGAAUGCAGUCUGUUGAAUUAUUCUAGAUUAAAGCUAAAGACACACCAACACGUU